AUGGCAGUCAAUGCCAGAAGCCUCAGCGGCGGUCCCUCGUUCUUCGACUUCUCUGGAGAGCUGCGCAACGCUAUCUACGAGCACUUCAUCGAUCUCGAGCCAUCAGUCCAAGACGCCAUCAACCUAGCUUGCGUCCAUAAGCAAAUUCACUCUGAGUUUGGAACAUUAUUUACACUUCGGGAUAGUAUCAGGCUCGAGACGGCUCAAGAGCUUGACGACUUCCUGAAUUACUUCUUUGUUCGCUACCCCACCCCGGCUCUGAAGGAUAUUCCUUGCCACGUCGAAGUGGUGAUGUGGUGCGGAUUUCGUUACUCGUUCGAUCUACUCCCAGCCAUAUCUGUUCUGCGCCAGUACCCUCUACUUGAGAUUACAUGGUUUGAGCGGCAUGCCAUUUGUGGUGUGGAUGGGAACUUCAUCUCGCACUCUGACGACCUGAACUUCCUGAAAUCUUUCUUUGAAGAAAUGGACGCUCAGCAUUUCAAGAACUUGCUUGCUGUUAAUAUUAUUACCAGGACUAUUGCAAAUAUCACUGGACUUUCCAUAAUCAUGGAAAAGGGAUUUCCCAUACAAACUGUCAAGGAAUGGGGGCGUACUCUCUGUGGCUUCGAUGUUAAGAUUGGUAGGACGGAUGGUUUGACUCGUGUGUUGUCCAAUUUCAACAGUGUCGACGACUUUUAA